UCAAAAUGGGCUUUUAAACAUAACAACGACAUCUGCGGACAACUACUUUGUUGAUAAAAAACCAUUUAUUUUGACCAAUCAUAAUAAAGAGAUACAUUUCUAUUAUAAUGCAUAUGUGUUCGUAUUGUAAGUAAGUUAUUUGAAUUGUAUAAAUCGACUUAUGAACAUCAACAAGAGACUAUGUUAGGUGCGAAUUUAUUUGGACUUUUAUGUGUAGCAGCACUAGCAUAUGGGGAUAAACAAGUCGACAAAUUCGAGUACCAUGCCAAGCUUCUUGAAAAGAUGAUUCAUAUUGAAAAGAAAAUGGAAAGAAUGGAAAACGACUUGAAACAAGCUAAGACAGAAGUUAACAUUUUCAUAAAUGAUCAAACAAAUAUCUUGGAAAAUAAAACUGCAGAAUAUGAAUUACUGGAGGGUAAAGUUGAUUUGCCGAUAAUUGCCUUUAAUGCGUACCAGGUACUUGACACCACUCCGGAGACAAAUCAAAUAAUGAUAUGGCAACACAUCCGGUUAAACGAAGGGAAUGCGUAUGAUAACGUGGUAGGGAAAUUCAAGGCACCUGUAUCAGGACUUUACCAUUUUGCCGUACAUAUUUGUAACUACAGUGGUCAGGUGAUUACCUAUGCUAUCGUCCUUGACGGAACCUAUAUGGCCCAGUCGUACAAAUAUGACAAUGCCAUAAACGAAUGUGGUUCAAUUAGUGCCAUCACUAAAGUAACAACUGGACAGAUGGUGUGGGUUAAGUGCAUCAGUGGAAGCGCCAGUACUACUCAGAUAUGGAACCCGUCAAUGAGUUCCUUCACUGGCGCACUCAUUCAUAGAGUAGAAUAAAAAAGCUGUUGUCUGAAGGUCAACCUUUGCAUACAAUUUAAGAUAAGCUUUUGAAAAUUAUACGGGGAAGUCAACGGCCGGGAAAACGAAGCGGGUCCGGGCUUUCAAAACACAUAAAGAAUUCUAUACCUAUCAAUGAUAUUUUCAGUGUCAGUUUUAGUGGGCGCCAUUUUCAAUGUAGCUCGGAGAUAAUAGGCGGGGUAACGGACCAAUGGCAACUUUUCGAAUUAAUAAUAAUCGUCGAUCGGAAGCGGUGCAUGAAAUAGCGAAUGACACCUUUAAAACGGAAAAAUGAACAUUUUUUUUAGGCUUUGACUAAUUUCAUAUCACAUGUGCAUAAUUUGUGACACGAAAUAAAACGUUGUUAUUUUGGUUAUUGCUGAAUAAUAGUUGUAAGAUAAAACGUGUACAAUUUUAGUAUUUUGUUAAAUAUGCAGGCCAAAAUAAUAAUAAUAAUGCUGAUGAUAAUAAUAAAAUCUUACAUAUU